ACUUCACGAAAUACAAAAUUCAAUUGAAAACUGUUGUAAUAGUUACAACAGUUGUAAUAGUUCAGUACAAGAGUAUACUGAACUACAGAUGAAUUCCUUAAAAGGUAUUUAUACAAUAAAGUGCAUAUUCGAUGGAAAAUUAUACACAUUAUAGAAUGAAACUCAAAUCAUGCAUUAUAUAAUAAUGUAAUAUAAUCGUGAAUUGCAUAAUAUGAAAUGUAUAUUAUGGGUAUAGAGAAAUUCGUCAGAAAUCUGAUUCUAAGCUGAGAAAUGCAAGCAUGUUAAUGAUCACUAUUUUUCAACAAGAUUAAAAUAAAAAAUUGGAAAUAGAUUUUCUGUCUGGGUAGCAAACCUUAUCUGUUUCAAAUUACACAAAAAGCAACCAUUUGUGAGAAUCCCUCUCACAAGCCCCAAGCAGCAAUUAGAUUUUUCUUAAAUGAAGGGCGAACCCUUCAUUUAAGAAAAAUCUAAUUGCUGCUUGGGGGUUGUGAUAAAAUGUUAAAUAAGCUUUUUGAGAACUUUUUAAUAAAAUGUUACAAUUUGACAUACGCUCUACUAAGGUCUAGGAUGUUUUGGUGAAAAUGUUUUCAAAUCCUCCCAAAAUUACGCUAGAAAUUAACGUAACUUUAAUUCAAUUAAAAUAUUAACUGCUUCUUAUAUUUGAUAGAGCUUCUCAAUCAGCGAUCUAUAUAGCAGUCCAUGGAGCAUGUUUCCAGUUUUCUGCUGAAGGAUAGAACAUGCAACAAAAAAUGUUUUGUUUCAUGGUCAGGAAUUUGCACUACCCUAUUCAAUUUUCAAACAAAAGGGAAGACAGCUUUUUGUCAGUGACAUUUUGGGCUGAAAACAGGAAUCCAACACUCGCCCUCUAGCAGUCUCCUUCACUCACUCACUCUCUCUCCCUCUAACACACACUUUCUCACACCCACUCUCUCACUCACUCACACUUUCUCUCUCUCUCACUCACACACACAUACAGUCCCACACAUACACAAACGCACAUGCACCUACUUUCUACUUUCUAUUUUCCAGUCACCACUAUAUUUCUCCACUAUACGUGCUAUAGUGUGUCCAACGGCCAACUCCAAGGUACGAAGUGGAGAGGGUAUGAUGGUUUGGUUUUGAAUUUCUGAGACAAGACAAGAGUUCUUCCAUUCGAGAAUUUCUGUUUGUUAGUUCACUUUUCACUACGGUUUAAACUUUAAAGCUUUAAAGUGGAUGACAUAUCGCACAGUGCGCUCCAGUAAUCCAGUGAGAUAGUUAGUUGUAGUGUAUAGGUUUGUUUUAAUUAUUGAGUUUCUAUCUGUUGUUUUUCCUGUUUCCUGUGUUCUUCAUUUUUGUCUUCGUUCCUCUUCGUUACUGUGUCUGCUCCUGAGUCUACAGUGUCAGUGCAGCGAAGAAGCGAGUCCAAACAGCAGUGAAAUAACAAGAGCUUGCAUAGAUGAGGAAAUAUCAUCAGAUAAUCUUUACUUCCAUUGAGAGAGAUGGUCAAUUUCCAGUCAGAAUGGGAGGAGAAAAUCGUUUAUAAAGCAUAUGAGGACAGUGGGGAGCGCUAAUAUUGGCCAAUGUGUCAAUAAUAUCUUGAGAAGAUUAAUGAUUGAUGAGCUGGCCAUGAAAUUCUCAUAUACUGGCCGUGCAUCAAACGGGAACACAAAAACUCCAUUUCAUGGGAGUGAGAUAUCGAAAUGCAUACUGAUUGCUGUUCAAACGUUUUUUGGUGACAUUGCAAUUGAAGUGAAAUAUGGAUCGUUGGCGUCGAAAUGGUUUCAACAAGCCAGAACAAGGUUGUUGAGAAGGACCAAGAGCAGAGAGACUACGCCUCAUGAAGCUCAAAUCGAGGACGAUAGCAGUUCAAAGUAAAAAUAUAUAAUAAGUUAUAAAUUAAAAGUUCAAUUUUUGUAAUAUUUAAUAAAAAUCAUUGCAUUUUAUUGAAAA